CUUCUCUCUAAUCUUUGAUGUUCGAUCUACAUCCUUAUUCUGCUUUUGAUAGCAAUUAGUCUCAAUUAGAAAUUGCUUUGAUUUUUUAGAUGAAGAGGAUAGAACUUUAAAAUAAUUCUACCAAGUCCAGUCUAGUGAGUCCACUCCAACCCAGAAACAUCACAAACAAUUUGUAACUUACUUGCAUCAUUUCAGCAAUGAAAUAUUUAAUGUGGUACUUGAUGAAAUUAUUGUUGAUUUAAACAAUCGCUUUGCUGAAAGGUCUACUCGGCUAUUGAGAUGCAUUACUUGUCUUGAUCCAAGGAAUUCUUUUACCAAUUAUGAUGAAGAUAAGCUCAUUGAACUUGCUAAGAUAUAUGCGGCAGACUAUUUUGAAUAUGAUUGUAUAGUCUUCAGAGAUCAACUUGACACAUUUAUCUGUGAUGUAAGUAAUCUGAUUUGGAUUUCUCAAGCUGCUCUGACCAAGAUCAACCUUUCUGUGAGCCUGUGAAGAUGGUUAAAAGUAAUAGACACACGGUUUUUCCAUUGUUAUAUCGCUUAAUUGAAUUAGCCUUAAUUUUGCCCGUUGCUACGGCAAUGGUAGAAAGAGCCUUCUCAGCUAUGAACAUUAUUAAAACUGAGCUGCAGAACAAGAUGAAUGAUUAAUGGAUGAAUCACUUACAUAUGUAAUAUUAUUUUCUGGAUUCAACUUCAGGUUCUCUACGUAGUACUGUUAAUGAAUAGUGAAAAUUACGAGGAUAUGUUGCGUUAGGUAUUGUACUUUUACUGUACUUCGUUGUAUGAUUAGAAAUCGUAUUUCAGUCUUGCAUUUUUUUUUUCAGCACUCGCACUGUACUUCAGUGUAUGAAUUGUCAUGGAUAGUUUUAGCCUUCAAUUUGAGCCCUAGGCAUGAAGAGAUCCUGGCUCCGCCACUGAAGGACGACGAGGGGCAACCGGCAUGAGGGACGUCGGCACACCAGCAGACCGUGACCACAGCAGCUCAGGCUCAGCCUCAACCUCAGCUCAGGCUAAAAAACCUGCGUCUACCAACGCUGAAGAGCCAUCAUCUCCUACUCGUGGCGGGCAGCAACAAGACUCACGACGGCUCCGGACCCUCUCCGACCCCGAGCUUGAUUUGCUCAUCACCUUGAAGGAUUUGGCCAUGGUAUGCACGGAAAAUGCCAGCCUCGCUGUGCUUGGUCACGACUAUGAUCUUCCCACGCUGCGUGCUCUUGGGAUUGUUUUGCUGGAAACUUUGAAAGAACGACUUAAGGAAACCUCAAUUGAUCCAAGUGUUUUUGAUAGACUGGCUCUCUUAAGUGAUUCUGAUGCGUAUUUUCCCAGCAUUGCGAGUGACUCUGAGUCUGAGGGAGUCAGAUCCAAGACGCCAAUGGGUGCCAAUGGAAAAAGGAAGCAGACGCAGGCUGGGUGGCUCAGCGAGGAAGGUAGAAAGAAAAGAACACCGGCGAGUCAAAGAUAGCAGUGAGCAAGCAUAGAUAGACCAUGAUUAUUCCUGGUAGGUUAGCACUUAGCACUGGAGAUUUGGUGUUAAAACUUGCAAUGCGAUUGGUGUUUCUGUCUGGCUGGUGGCUCGCAAAUGUAGAAGACAUGGUGUCACAACUGGAGUACAUGGAAAUUGAAAUGUUUCAUGGCAGCCAACUGAUCCAUCCUUCCAAUGUAGGCAAGCAACUCGGCUGAGCAUUUCCAUCUUGCACUGAAUCAAACUAACCACCACAACAAAGCUUGCACGCAAUUUCCAUGUACUCCAGUUUCUGAGUAACCACCAGUUGCAUCGCAUGUCACGAAUGUCAGCAAAUGCUCAGCUGAUCACAUUACUAUUACUAUCCGAAUGCAUACCGAGUUUGAAAGGAGCAAAUUAUGACAUGGUGCGAUAACUAAACAAGAAUUGCCAUACA